AUGGCUGAAUUUGACCCUUCCUUCCAGCGUAGCCUCUACCUAUCUCCAGACCAACAGGAUCUGCUUCUCGCUGCCCUUUCCUCCAAUAACCAGCCCACAAAGCCCAGCCCGCAGCCCAAUCUCAGCUCCGCAAACGGCCCGUCUGGAAACGACCUUUUUGACUCGCCUCCCCAGGACAUUCCAGGUUCUGGACAGCUCGGUUUUAAUCCAGAAGAUAGCCCGUUCCUUGGACUUGACCUAGAUGCCGAAUUUGAUGUCUCGGACCAAGCUUUGAUUGGGGACCUCCCUGGCAUAGAGGGCGAACAGCAUGUUGCUACUGAACAUCGUGAAAAGAGAAAGAGUCUUGAUGGCCAGGAGGGCGCAGAUACGGGAAAGAAGCGCAAGGAAAAUGAGGAAAAGGUCGCUAAGAAGCCCGGGAGAAAGCCCUUAACUUCAGAGCCAACAACAAAACGCAAAGCCCAGAAUCGAGCUGCACAGCGAGCGUUCCGCGAUCGUAAGGAGAAGCAUCUCAAGGACCUCGAAACAAAGGUAGCAGAUCUCGAGCGCGCAUCUCAGACCGCAAACCAAGAGAACACUUUACUCCGUGCCCAUGUCCAACGCCUCCAGGUCGAAUUGAAGGAAUACCGCAAACGGCUAUCGUGGAUCAGUAGUGGGAACAGCUUUUCCCCUACGACUAGCUUGCUCAAUCAGGCGAGAAGCCUGCACGCUCAGUCUCGCCUGAACAAUGACUUUUCCUUUGAUUUCCCCAAAUUUGGUGAUCUCCCUGGGGCCCAUAUGAACAGCAUGGGAUCCCUGACCAAGGGAUCUUCCAAUACCCGCAGCCAAACCCAUCCAGCCCUGGGUAUCAAAGCGGCCGGUCACAUCGGAGCCGCGUCGCAGUUCGCGCCAUCAAAUGGCAGUACCCUCAGGCCAAAUGGCCUGUCAUCCACCGCAAAUAAAAGCCCUGAAGCUCCUGGAAACACCUAUAACUCGCACACAUUUGACAGCUCCCCCGCCACAUUCUCCGAGUCCCCUUCGGCUUCUUCCGAGUCCCAGCACAUAUCAUCAAUAUGCACAUCCCCCGAGUCUAGCCUUACAUCGCCUACCAUCGCCCAAAAAGGCGAUACGGCCAGCUCUACGCAGGGACACAGCAACGGUACUGCCAAAAAGAACAAUCUUUCACAGUGUGAGCUGAAGUUUUAUCAGCAACUAGGCGAAGCAUGCGGUUGCGUUGAUAACCCCAUCCCCGCAGCCCUCGCAAAGAAGUCAAGCCAAGGUGGGAACAAUUCUACGACUGCAUCCUCCGGUUUGCUAUCUGAUCCCUCUAUCCCUAGCUUCGACUGGCUCGCCCAGCAGAAUGGCGGUCACUUCGAUCCUGUCCUAUUUGGUGAUUAUCGUGAUCCGCAGGAUGCUGUUCUCUCGCAAGAGUUCAGCGGCUUCUUUGACGAUGCUUUCCCGUUGCCUGACUUAGGAGCCUUUGACCCUGCCACCCCCGGUACCGCCGCUAAGACACCUGGAAAGGCCGAUGCCCCAGGUAACACGGUAGAAAUCGACGACGACGACGAAGAGGUGGUACCUGGCGAAGACAGAUCUCAGAUGCUUUCCUGCACUAAGAUAUGGGAUCGUCUUCAACGGCUGGAGAAAUUCCGCAACGGCGAAAUCGAUGUCGACAAUCUUUGCACUCAACUACGUACCAAGGCUCGCUGCUCUGAGGGUGGCGUCGUCAUUGAUCAAAAGGAUGUCGACGAUAUUGUGACCAGAGCGAUUUAA